GCUUAUUAACUCAACAAACAACACACCAAAACUUCAAGUAUAACUAACACACAUUCCUCACAUAUCAACCAACAUUUUCCACAUUUGACAUUAUAUAUAAUGGAGAGAGUAACAAAGAUGGUUUCAGAAAGGCCAGUGGUGAUAUUCAGCAAGAGUUCAUGUUGCAUGAGUCAUACAAUAAAGACACUAUUUUGUGACUUUGGUGUGAAUCCAGCAGUAUAUGAACUUGAUGAGAUACCAAGAGGGAGAGAGAUUGAACAAGCACUUAUUUCAAGACUUGGUUCUUCUCCAUCUGUUCCAACUGUUUUCAUUGGUGGUGAGCUUGUUGGUGGAGCCAAUCAAGUUAUGAGUCUUCAUCUUAACCGUUCCUUAAUUCCAAUGCUUAAAAAAGCUGGUGCUCUUUGGCUUUAAUCUCACCAGCAGGCUCACACAAAUCUACUUAAUAAUAAUAAGUUGACCUUUUUUGGUUAUAUAUAUAGAGAGAGGCAAUGUUGAGUUAAUCUUAGAGAUUAUGGCACUAGGUAUAAUUAAUUAGUCUAACUUAAUUGAUAGAUUUGGGGUGCCACUUAAGGACAAGGAUCUUCUACCUUUGCUGCAAUAAUGUGCAGCAGGUGGAUUCAAGUCUAUUGUUUAGCCUUCUUUUUUAAGGGUUAAAUGUAAUGUUAUCUUUUUUAUAAGUAUUGAUAAUAAAUUAAAGGGAAUACUACAUGGUUCCACAA